CGAGGAAAAUCUUCAUAUCAAUCGCUUUGUAUAGAAUUAAUUUAUACAGAAUAAACAAAGUUGGUUUGAAGAAAGAGGAAGGACACAGCAAAACCUUGAGUUGCAAUAGAUUUCAUCUUGAAACACGAUUUUCAUCUAUCACCAAUGAGGGACGUUGGUCUUGUUGCAGCUUUCUCAGUCAUGGUUCUGAUGGACCUUGUUGGCAACACAAUGGUUAUCCUCGUAAUACUCUUAAACAAGUCCAUGAAAACACCAAUGAAUCGCCUGUUGCUAAACUUGGCCGUUGCAGAUGUGACAGUGGCCAUUUUCACGGCAUUACAGUUCGUUCUUGGACCCUUUUAUCAACACCCAACUGGAAGCACAGGGGCUUUAUUGUGUAAGUUCAUCACAGGGGGGCCUAUGAUAUGGACAGCAGCACUUGUAUCAAUAUGCAACUUAGUUGCCAUCUCGUAUGAAAGAUAUCAAGCGGUUGUGCUGCCCCUUUCAGGCCGUGGAGAAAUUACAAACUGGAAACUUAAAUUCAUCAUCCCAGGCUGCUGGUUGGCGGGCUUCCUUUGGAAUAUUCCUCUUCUUGUGACCGUGACCUAUCAAGAGGAAUCAGGAGCCUGUGGAGAGUAUUGGCCUGGCCCCGUAUCGCCGAUAGCUUACAGUUUAGGGUGGGACGUAGUUGCUGGAACACUGCCCAUCACUGCAAUGUGUUAUUGGUACUCAAAAGUGGUUUGCCACCUUUGGUUUAAUAAAACUCCUGGGGUUAAAUCUGCGGCUACUAAGAUGGUUAUUUUGCAAAGAAAAAGGGCAACCUUAGUAGUCAUCUCUGUUAGCAUCAUCUACGCCAUAUGUUGGGUACCAGUCCUAGUGAUGUACACUGUGACCCACGCCCUUCCAAACCAGGAAUUGUACAGUCGUUUACAUAGAGUCACCAUUUUAUUAGCCAUGUUCAAUUCUUGCAUCAAUCCAGUUGUGUACAGCUUCACUAGUACUCGUUUUCGAAAACAAUUUUUAAGACUUUUACGGUGCACGAGAACAGCUAAGGGCCAGCUAGCCUCCUUUCACAAAAAGCAACAAGAGAAACCGAUAGUGUACCUCUGAGAAUUUACAAAGAAGAAAUCCAAAGAGAGGUUGAUCCUGCUUCUGUUUUGUUAUUCUAAUGAACUCAUGGCUAGAAGGCUGAAAUUUCAAGUGGCUGAUAGCUGUCAUUUUACGUAAGCAGAAUCGCAAACUCUUUACCAUAUCU